AUGGCUACUCUGAUUGCAAUUGACAAAGAUUACAAAAAUUAUAUUAUCACAUACCCUUCUGAACCUAUACUUUCAGAGGCUUCAUUGGAACUAAUAUCAGAGGGAAAUAUUUGGAAAGAAGUUCUUCAAGAAUUAGAUUUCACUUUUCGAUCAGGUGGUAUUCUUGAUGCUGGCAGUCAAGGUGAGCUUGCUGAUGUGAUUUUACAAGCUCACAUAUGGACCUUGUUUUACCAUAUCCUGAUGAUUGAACAACAGGUUGCAAAGUUUGCUGUUGAUGUUGUACAGCUUUCUGUUGAAGUUGUUGGGGUUGCAAAGUUUGCUGCUGAGGUUGUAAAGCUUGCUAUUGCAACUCCUGUUGAAGUUGUUGAGGUUGCAAAGUUUGCUGCUGAGCUUCAGUAUUUUCUUCCAAAUUAUUGA